CGUCGACGCCGUAUGUUGUGGAUUCGUUCCUACACCCAAGAGUUAGACGCUACUUUCGCUAAAAAGAGGAACAAGAAGAGGGGUAAAAAUAUAAAAGCUGGUUGGCUUUUAUCUUUCUGUCCUUUUCAAAUUCGUGCAUACACUCUAUUACUUGUGUGUGUGUGUGUGUUACAGCAUCACAGAGAAAAGUAAAGAGCUCUUGAAAAAAAAAAAAGGUUUAAAGAAGAGGAUUUUUUAAAAAAAAAGGAGCGAAAUAAAAGGAGAUAAGAAGAAGAAGAAAAAACAUGCCCGGAUUGAACGGUGCUGCCUAUCAGAUCGGUAAUUGGACCAACCUCAAACCCGAACUACCCGGCAUCCUCAAAGAGUACGCCAAAGCUGCAAUCCGAACAGAUCCUCGCGACCUUCUUCAAUGGUCGAGGGAUUACUUCCGGGCUUUGUCCCGCGGGUCCGCGCCCCUGGAUAAGGAUCGCUGGGAGGAGGUGGGAUCCCUCGACAAUCAUUCGGGAAUCACUGUCGGACUUCUCAGACUCCUUCACAAGCAAUUGAGUGGUGGACGUAGCGGCCAACCGUCUGACGAUGUCAAUUUAGGUGACAUUAUCCAACUUUGGACAACGUUGGGUUUGGAACGUCAGCGCUUGGACGACUUGCUCGAGUUAGUUUCCAUAGAGACGCCCCCGCUCAACGACGGACAAGAUUUAGAAACGCAAGAAAACGGAGAGCCCGUCGACAACAAUGACGGCCAACCGAACGGAGCCAAACAGCUGCGUAACUACGAUCCGGCUACCGUUGUCGACUGGAACAAACUAUUGGCGCUGGCAGCCGGACAACUUGGCGAUAGCCUGGGCGAAACUAUGGAAAAGUUGUGCACGAUAUUGACAAGCGACGAUGAUGGCGGCUCAUCGCUGCCCGUAGACACUUUCAUCGAGAUGUACACCUAUUUGGCCAAUAUCGACGGCGAUAUUGGACAGGAAGAAAUCGAAGCCGUUGUCGAGUACGCCGGUCGUGUUGCCCAACUUCAAGAUGGUUACGUCAAUCGCUUCAACCUCAAAUCACCGCUUUGCCCAACGCUUCACUGAAGACAAAACUUUUUCUCCCGUCCACCUCCCAUAAAAAAUAUAAAAAAUCCAAUUUACUUAGCCAGAAAUGUUGCAGCAGCCCCAACUUCAAUUUAACAAAUGUCAACGGAUCAAUCAAUAAUACACGAUAAGUUAUUGUAGAGAAUGUUGAAUGCAAAGAGGAAAAAUACACGCAAUUCUCAAUAACC